AUGAAUAAUGAGUCUGCGUCACCUCUAUCAUCACCAUUUCACACACGCAACACACGUCGUUUCACCUUCAAAGAUGUUGUUAACAUAACGUAUACACAUCGACUUUCGAUUGCUGAUGCGUCGGGAAGACAACGACGGAAACCAAAAAUCGGAUCAAUGAGUGAUCCAUCUUUUGACUCGAACCUCACACCGCAACAACAAGCACCUAUUACCAGCUCGGACAAACCGUCUAACACAGUUGCUCGAGGGAUGUUGGGAAAAUUUGCUUUAAGCUUGCCCAUUAUACCGCGGAUAUCAACUAACACUUGGUUCUCGAGAUUGAUAUUUACUCUACCGCAACAGAGUGACAGAGCAAGUUGUUCAACCACAACUGCUGUGGAAAAACAAACAGAGGCAGCAAGAGAAAAAGGUACAGUCUGGAAUGCUAUUCGUAAAGCAAAUCAGAAAAAAUUGGAAAAACUACUAAAUAAAGAUCAAAAUAUAGUG